AUGGUCAUCAACAUCGGUUGGCCUUCCAAGUUAUUUGGAGAUUUCACAAGCACCAGUGUGCUAGAUGAUUACCACAAAAAAGAAUACGGCCCUAUUAUACAAGCAUAUAAUAAAGACCCUACUGACUUCUACACUAUAAAGCACAUUUUACAAGCAGGGCUGGUAAAUCGUGAAGCUGUUCAUUUACUCCCCCAGCCAGCAGACAGGACAAACUUCCUUGUCUCGCCAGCUAUGCCAAUCUUCCCGAAGGCAUUCAAUUUCGCUGGUCUCGGAUCAGUUGCAGGCCACGAACUUAUGCACGGUUUUGAUGACGAGGGGAUUCAAUUCGACAAGUCCGGGGCAAUCAUAUGCAGCGAUUGGAAUGUGUGCGGUUGGAUGGACAGGAAAUCGGUCAAGGGUUUCACCGAUAUGGCUCAAUGCGUCGUUACUCAGUACAGUACACAGUGUUGUCCGGAGAAGACAGGAUACGUGCGUUGUGCGAAUGGGGCAACGACUCAAGGUGAAAACAUAGCUGAUAUUGGAGGCCUUGAGUCAACUUAUAAUGCAUACGUAACAUAUAUGAAGAAUCAAAGUCAGCCUGAAAAAAGACUGCCCGGUCUGGAGCAGUUCACACCCAAUCAACUUUUCUGGAUGUACUACGCGAACACCUGGUGCACGAGCUCCUUUUUAUUCCAUGAUAACCACCCAGGUAGGAAAGUUAUGGUACCCAUUCACUAA